UUACGUAAAAUUCUUGAGGAUUAUCCUGAUGGUUCACAAGUUCUUCGUGAAAUACUACAAAAUUCUGAUGACGCAAAAAGUACCGAACAAAUUUUCAUUUUGGAUCAUAAUACAUAUCCAAAAGAUAAUUUAUUUGAACCGGAUUUAGAUAAUUAUAAUAGAACUGAUUUGAAACUUGAUAGAUAUCAAGGUCCUGCUUUAUUAGCAAAGAAUAAUACCAUUUUUGAAGAAAGAGAUUUUCAAUCUUUAUUGAAAUUGGCUGAUAGUGAAAAACGUGAUCAGUAUGAUAAGAUUGGAGUAAUGGGAGUGGGUUUCAAUUCAAUUUAUCAUAUUACUGAUUCUCCUUCUUUCAUCACCGGCGAUAAAUAUGUCAUCCUCGAUCCACAUGAAUGGUAUUUUAAUGGUGGCGUCGAAUUCGAUUUUGUUGAUGAGAAAUUGUAUGAUGAAUAUCCGAAUCAAUUUGCUCCCUUCAGAAUCCCUUGUGAUAAAUCAUUUAAAGGCACCAUUUUUCGUUAUCCUCUUCGUACUGAUGAUGAUUCUAUAGAUUCUGAUAUUUCUAAAAAAAUUUAUAAGCCAGAUGAAAUUUUGGCCAUGUUUCAAAAAUUUUAUGAAAAGGAGAGCAUCAAUUGUUUAUUGUUUUUAAAAUAUAUUGAACGUAUCUCCUUUUAUGAAUUAAAAGAAGGCGAAUCUGAACCUAUAUUAAUUUAUUCAAUUCAAUUGGAGAAUGCUAAUCAAGUUAGGAAUAAACGACGUUUGAUAGUUAAAAAUAUUGUAUCAAUUAUGAGUUCGUUAAAAUCUACAUCACUCCCUGAUAAUAAUCAAUCACAAGCAUCUUAUGUUGCUACAUUUUCUCGUCAGAAUGGAGAUUUUAAAGAGCCUAAUAGUUCAUGGUUAAUCUUGAAUUACCUUGAUAAUUUAAAAGAAGCUGAAGCACUUUUUAAAGAAAAGCUUAGAGAUUACAAGUUCGUCCCCAAUGUUGGUCUGGCUGUUCCAUUGGAUAAUUUAAAUGAUACCGGAAGAUUAUUUUGCUUUUUACCUCUUCCGAUAUCUAUGCCUUUUUGCGUCUCUGUACAUGGGUAUUUCGCGGUUAGUACUAAUCGACGUUCUUUAUGGUCGGCGGCGGACAAAGAGGAUUUGGCGGAGGAUGGAUCUGCGCAUUAUAAAGUUAUGUGGAAUCGAUAUUUAUUUGAGAACGUUCUACCAAAGGCUUGGGCGAAAUUUCUUUGUGAACUCCCUCUCAAAGCCCCUAAUAUAGAACCAAAAGAUCUAUAUAAAUUUUGGCCAAUAGUUAAAGUUGGUACUGGUAGCAUAAAUACUUUUUGUAAGGAUCUUUUACGAAAUGUCAUAAAUUGUCUUAGUAUCAACGAUCGUGUAUUUCAAGGACCUCCUACAACAAAUCCUAUUGGUGAAGUAGUUGGAAUUUUAGCUAGUUCAUAUAAAUCAUCACAACAUCAACAAUCAAAAUUUCAUUGGUUAUCAUUAUCUCACGGUUAUUUAAAAGAUGAAUUUAUUGGUGAUUCCUUAUCAAAGAUAAUCGGAGAGAUUGGAUUUCCCAUAAUAACAAUUCCUCUUGAAUUCGUUAGAAUCUUAAAAAAUUCUAAUCAUAAUGACUUCAUCAAUUUUUAUUCCCCUGUUAUUAUUCGUAAUUAUUUAAGUCGUAAUCGUUGUAGAUGGGAAGAUAAAAUAUCAAGAGAAAAGGUUUUACAAUUAUUUGAUUAUAUCUUAGAAGAGAAUAAAGAAUUUGAUAAAUUAAUAGGAUUUAAAAUGAUUCCGCUAGCUAAUGGUACACUUGGUGCAUUAAUGAAAUCCAACAAUUCUUGCGUUUAUAUUGGACCAACAAGCACAACUAAAAGUCAUGAAUAUGAUGAAGAAAAUAUUUUCAAAAAUCAGUUAGAAAAAUUUGUUGAUAAAAAUAUUAGUUCAAGAUUAUAUAACCGUUUAUAUGAUAUUGUAAAAAAAGGGUGGAAUUUAAAUAUCAAAAUUUUGGAUGAAUCAGUUAUAGCAGAUAUGAUCAGAUUUUCAUUGAAUCCUUUAAAUGAUAACGGAAGAAAUUUUAAAUCAAUUAUUGGAAACUUUAUUGGAAAAAAAUCGGAUGAUGAAAUACAAAUAUUAAAUAAUAAUGAAUGGAUUUAUAUAUUAUGGAAAAAUUUUAAAUAUAGGGAUUGGGAUUUAACAAAAUUUGAAGAUAUUCAUUUAAUACCAACGAAUCAUUCUACUUUAAGAAAAUUAAAAACUCCACAAAAAAUUUUUUCUAAUCAAACAAGUAAAGAUAUUACUAUUAGUAAAUCUUUAAUUAAUAUUUUUGAAAAAUUUGGCGCCGUUUUCGUCGACAAUGAAUUUGAUAAUAGUGAAAUUUCUAAAUGGAAUAAAAUAUCUUCGUUCAUUAUCAAACCUGAUGAUAUUAUAUCGGUUCUAAAUUCUUUUCUAAUCGAUCCUACAUAUCCAAAGAAUUUGGAUCGUACUUUACAAAAUCAUGAAGCAUUAGCGUUCGUUGAACAUUUAUCAAAUUAUUUAAGAUUAAUUUAUAAUAGAAAUCAUAUUGAUAUAAAACUUAUUCAAGUAAUAAAACAUCUUCCAAUAUUUAUAGAAAUUGAUAAUAUUGAUAAACCAAUAUCAUUAUUACCAGGAAAUAAGCAAUGGUAUCUUUUACCACAUGAUGAAGAAAAAUCUUAUGGAAAAAUUAUUUAUCCGAAUGAUAAAGGGGGAUUUCUUUCUACUACGAAUUCACAAAAUUUUUUAUUAGAAGAUAUUAUUAAAAUCACAAGAUUAAAUAGUCAUAAUUAUUGGAAAAUUUUUGUUUUACCUUAUAUUAAAGAAUUACGAGAUUUUAAUGAUCUAGAUAAAGUUAUCGAUAAACUUUUUGAUAGAUUACCAACUUUACUUGCCAAUGAUGAAAAUUUUAAGGAUAUACUUGGAAAUAUUUCUUUUGUACCAGCAAGUUCAAUUAAGACGUUACAAAAUCAACAAAUUCCUUAUGAUACAAAAUUAGUUAAACCAACAGAAUUAUUUGAUCCUAAAGAAAAAUCUGUAAUUGAACUCUUCUUUGAUAAUGAACAAGUCUUUCCAGCUGGAAAAUAUGGUUCAUCAUCUAAAAAAUUCCUUCCAAUUUUAAAAUUAUUAGGAACUAAAUCAGAAUUAUCAUCAAACGAUAUUAUUGAUAGAAUUAAUAAUAUUAUAAAUCAAAGAAGAAAUUCUAACGUUCAAGAAAUUUUAAUUCAUAACAAAGCGUUCAAACUUUUUAAAUAUAUUG